AAAACAAUCUUUGUGAUGUCUGUCUUUCUUUACACAUUGCUUAUCUUUCAACUACAUGCAAAGGCAGAAAAGCCUGUCUGCCGAAUGAUGGGAGACCCUAAGUACCCGCUAUUAUCCAAGGAUGGAGACGUAAAUAUUGGAGCACUGUUUUCAGUCCACAGCAUAGAGAUAUUACCUUCAUUUAAGUACACACAAAAACCUCAGGUUCUAUCAUGUUCAAGUGUGAGUCUAAGAGAUUUUCGAAUGGCUCAGACCAUGAUUUUUGCCAUUGAGGAGAUUAACAGAAGUCAAAGAUUGUUACCUAAUGUUUCUGUUGGCUACCGAAUUUAUGAUACCUGUGGUUCAAGACUGUCUUCUAUGAGUGCAACCAUGGCAUUGAUGAAUGGUCCAGAGUUUACAGCUGGAGAUAGAUGCAAUGGACAGUCUCCGAUACAUGCUAUCAUAGGAGAAACAGAGUCUUCUGCAACAGUCAUUUUGUCCAGAACAACAGGACCUUUUAAAAUUCCUGUGAUAAGUCCCUCAGCCUCAUGUGAAUGUCUCAGUAAUAGGAAAGAUUAUCCCUCUUUCUUCAGGACUAUUGCUAGUGAUUACCACCAGAGCAGAGCACUUGCAUAUAUAGUCAAGCACUUUGGAUGGUCUUGGGUGGGAGCUGUGAACAGUGACAAUGACUAUGGAAACAAUGGUAUGACAAUAUUUUUGAAUACAGCCCAGGAGGAGGGAAUUUGUGUGGAGUACUCUGUGAAAUUCUACCGAACAGAGCCUGACAAACUCCAAAAAGUGGUAGAGACAAUUAAAAAAAGCACUGCAAAAGUGAUUGUUGCAUUUCUUACUAGUUCAGAAAUGUACAAUCUACUUGAGCAGCUAAGUAUUCAGAACAUUACAGGCCUCCAAAUGAUUGGAGUGGAGGGAUGGAUAACUGCAAAGAAUUUGAUCACCCCAAACAGUUUUCAUGUGCUGGGAGGGUCACUGGGGUUUGCAGUAAGAAAAAAUGACAUUGAAGGUUUUGCAGAUUAUGUUAUAAAAGCAUUCUGGAAGACAGUUGUUCCAUGCUCACAGACUGAGGGGAAUUCUUCUCAAUAUGCAGUAAACUGCAACACAUAUCAGGAUCUAUUAUUGCUGAAAAACUAUAAUGAAGAUGUUCCUGAACAAAGAUAUUCAAGUAAUGUCUAUAAAGCAGUUUAUGCUGUGGUUCAUUCAUUGCACAGCCUACUCAAGUGCAAGGAACAAGCAGGUUGUGAGAAAGGCCUGACAAUACAACCACAGCAGGUUGUUGAGGCUCUGAAAAAGGUCAAUUUCAUUCUAAAAAUGGGAGAUCAUGUGUGGUUUGACAGCACUGGUGCCACAGUAGCCCAGUAUGAAGUUGUGAACUGGCAGAAGGACUCAAAUGGAUCAAUCAAAUUUAAAGCAGUGGGAUACUAUGAUGCCUCACUGCCCCCAGACCAGCGCUUUGUGCUCAACACUGAAAACAUAACCUGGGUUGGGGGACAAACUCAGAAACCAAGGUCUGUGUGCAGUGAAAGCUGUCCUCCAGGCACUAGGAAGGCUGCACAGAAAGGAAGACCUGUCUGCUGUUAUGACUGUAUUCCAUGUGCAGAAGGAGAAAUCAGCAAUGAGACAGAUUCAAAUAACUGCAGGCAGUGUCCAGGUGAAUACUGGUCUAAUGCUGAGAAAAAUAAAUGUGUCUUAAAGGCUGUAGAAUUUCUCUCAUUCACAGAAAUUAUGGGUAUAGUGCUAGUCUUUUUCUCACUGUUUGGAGCAGGAUUAACUGUCCUGAUAGCCAUCCUGUUUUACAGUAAGAAGGACACCCCCAUAGUAAAAGCCAACAACUCAGAGCUGAGCUUUCUGCUGCUCUUCUCAUUGGUUCUUUGUUUUCUCUGUUCACUUACUUUCAUCGGUCGUCCCACAGAGUGGUCCUGCAUGCUGCGUCACUCAGCGUUUGGGAUCACUUUUGUCCUUUGUAUCUCCUGUGUUCUGGGGAAAACAAUAGUGGUGUUAAUGGCAUUCAAGGCUACACUUCCAGGAAGUAAUAUCAUGAAAUGGUUUGGGCCUGCACAACAAAGACUCAGUGUUCUUGCAUUUACACUAAUACAGGUUCUUAUCUGUGUGCUUUGGCUAAAAAUAUCACCUCCAUUUCCAUACAAAAAUUUGAAAUAUUAUAAUGAAAAAAUUGUUCUUGAUUGCAGUCUGGGUUCUACUGUAGGUUUCUGGGCUGUGUUGGGCUAUAUUGGCCUUCUGGCUGUCUUGUGUUUUAUUCUAGCUUUUCUGGCUCGCAAGCUACCUGAUAAGUUCAAUGAGGCCAAAUUCAUCACAUUCAGUAUGCUUAUAUUCUGUGCUGUAUGGAUCACAUUCAUUCCAUCUUAUGUCAGUCCUCCAGGGAAGUUCACUGUAGCUGUGGAGAUAUUUGCCAUUUUAGCCUCAAGCUUUGGUUUACUAUGCUGCAUAUUUGUACCUAAAUGUUACAUAAUUCUGUGUAAGCCUGAACAAAAUACAAAGCAACAUCUGAUGGGAAAAGGUUCCAUAUAAAUCAUAGUCAAAAAUAAACUGAAUUGUCUAUAUCAACAGAGUUUUGUGGUGUUUAUUCAAUAACUUAAUGUUAAAACGUACAAUCAAAUUGAUUAAAAAUAAACCCUCAAAAUUUAACACUGGAAAAAAAAUGUAUACAUACAUAUGUGUGUGUGUGUGUGUGUGCUAUUUCAAGAACAAGAGGACAAAUCAAAGUAAUGUUCUAGUAGUCUUCUUAUGUAUUUUACUUAAAAUGUG